UUUAAACCUUAUUUAAACCAGUGUGCUUACCAAAGCAUACUCAUCUUUUGCACAAGCCAGAGUGCUGCGGUUUUUGCCUCGCUAUAUUUCAGAAAAGAUGAAGACUAAUAAUUUCGGCUUCUUCCUCGUUGUGGUUUUGAUUGGGAUUUCUACAGCACAGCCGGUGAAUUUCACAUUAUACUAUGAAAGUCUGUGUGGAGGCUGUCGAGAUUUCAUUAAAACACAGUACUACCCAACAUUCAAGUUAAUUGGCAGUAUCAUGAAUGUACAUUUGGUUCCAUAUGGAAAUGCAGUGGAGACACAGGAAAGUGGCAAAUGGGUCUAUGACUGCCAGCAUGGCGAGGAAGAAUGUAUUGGGAAUUUAAUCGAGACUUGUGCAAUGUACUUCUACCCGAAUGCAAGUGUUUACUUUCCAUUUAUCCACUGUAUUGAAACAUCCUCCCUGGCCCCAAGAAUGGCAGCCCCUUCGUGCGCGCAACAAUACGAACUUGAUUACUCCACGAUCCAGUCUUGCGUGAGCGGAGAUCUUGGAAACAGCCUCGAACACAAAAUGGCGUUGAAGACGCAAGCUUUGAACCCACCACAUUCAUAUGUACCCUGGAUGACUCUAGAAGGUGUUCACAAUGACCAAAUACAGAACGAAGCAGAGUUUAACUUGAUUGGCUUGAUUUGUGGGGCAUAUAGAGGCAGUCCUAAACCUCAAGCAUGUGAAGAAUAUCAAGACAGAAAGCUCAUUCAACACUGUACGAAAAAGCGCAGCCGUUUGGAAGACACAAAUAUUAACAUUAAUUAAUUUUGUCUAUCAGAACCGAAAACGUUUAGUAGCUUUUAGUACUCAUGAUCAUACAGUUUAAUGUGAGACUGAAUUUUGAAAUAAGAGUUCAAAUAUUCAUAAAUCAAUAACUGCAACCGAGACUG